AUGUCACUGCAAGUUCCCCGGGAACCGCUCCUCACCCUCCUCUUCCAGGUAUGGAAGAAGCACCCUACCAAAACCAUCAUCCGAGAUCUGGCCGACGGAUAUGAAACUACCGUGGAAGAGUUCUUGAACGACGUACUGGUCACUCGGGAGCGGAUCCUCGAGUCGCUUGACCCAGAUGUCAAAGCCCGCCUCAGGAGCGCGGAUACGGAUGUUUUCGUCGGGGUCCUAGUUGGCCCAGGGCAUGAAUUUGCCGUCCUGGCCUUCGCCCUCUAUAGUAUCGGUGCUGUCAUUGUUCCGCUGUCACCGGCGCUCCACCCCGACGAAGGGAAAUACUUCUUGGGGCUAUGCAACGCGGCACUUAUAAUCACGGUGCCGACGACGAAGAGCAAAGCCGAGGCCAUCUCCGACCUCACCGGCAUUCCAGCCCUCGAUGUCAACGUGACAGACUCAGUUAGGCCGGACACUCUUGACUUCGCAUUGCAGCCGGAAGGAGAGCCCCUGAUCGACGCGGGCAAGGGCUUCGUGCUUCUCUACACGUCCGGAACUACCGGUACCCCCAAGGGGGUCCUUCACACGCGACGAGGAGCCGAAACAGCCUAUGUUACCAGCAUUGAAUUGUUCAGCUUGGGCCCAAGUGACACCUGGGCACAUUAUUCUCCGGUUCACUGGGCAGCUGGAUGGCUAUUCCUCUUUCAUACUAUUCUGGCCGGCGCCUGUCUUGAAUUUUGUAGCUCCGUGUUUAGUCCAGAUUGGCUGUUAGAACGGUGGGAAGAGAAGGCCGGGCCGGAGGAUGGCCUAACAGUUGUGUUCAUGGUUCCGUCGGGGCUUCAAGCCGUCGGUGCGAAGCUAGAGGCGAUUCGGAGGGAAGGCCCACCUGGGAGGUAUGACCGUAUUCUUCAGGGCCUGAGGGGAACGCGAGUGAUCGCCUCGGGGGGUGCGAGGGUGACGCCGGAAUUAAGGGAUGAGUGGAUGGAGCUGCGCGGCGGGAGGCCGUUGAUGGUGGCAUAUGGGAUGUCGGAGGUUUUGAUGUUCAUCGCUGCUGCUGACUGGGACUCGAAUGCGGUUCUCCCGGUGGACUGCUGUGGUCGGAUCUGUAGCCAUGUUGACAUGAAAAUCAACGAGGCCGGCGAGAUAUGCCUCAAAACUCCCCCCGUAUUCAAAAGGUAUAUAUCGGAAAAUCCAACGGUAAUGAACGGUAUUUUCGAUGCCGACGGAUACUGGAGAACCGGAGAUAUGGGUAAGCUGGAGGGGGACUUGGUCUACGUCUUUGGUCGGGCGUCUCAGGACAUUAUUCGAUUUUCAGGGUGGAAGGUCCUGGCACCGGAAGUCGAAAGCGAGCUGGCUAAACACCCACUUGUAUCAGAGGCGAUCGUCUUUGGCAUCCAGGAUACCUCUGCCGGCCAGCUCGUUGCUGCGCUCGUGGUCAUAGGUGGUGAUGAUUCCGACAAGACUAGCCUAGAUCUUCCAUCAGUACGCAGGUGGUUGGCAGUCGAGAGACGGAUGAAUGCAUACAAGUUGCCAACGGUCCUACGAGUGGUUAGGAAGAAUCAAGCGCUGCCUAUGACGCUGUCGGGAAAAUUCAUCAAGCGAAAGAUCCGAGAUAUCUUCUUCAGUCAAGAAGAACUCGACAGCGGUCGGGUCCAGGUGCAUGACCUUUCGACUCAGGAACCAGACAUCGGCAACCGGCCAUUUGACUGGGCAGGAAUUCAGGCCAAAUGA